AUGGGUAGAAUGUUAUAUAUUCAAUUAUUUCGACCUCGACGAAUUUUAUAUGUAUUUUGUUUAAUAAUAUUUUUAAUUGCUGUAAAUCAUUUUUAUGCUAAUUCUUUAACAAAUUUAUCAGAAAACGUUGAAUCGCAUUCUUAUGUACGAAAUGCUAAAGCAAGACAAAUAAUUGAAAAGGUCGUUGAAAUCAAAGAUCGUCAACCAUUCUAUAAAUUAUUUAUAUAUGAAGGAUAUGAAGUUGAUUUAGAUCGUAAACGAGCACAAGCUAAACUACUUGAUAAUAUAAAACUUUAUGAUAAAUGUCAACGAAAUUCCAAAACAAUCAUUGUUGAUGUUGGUGCUUCUUUGGGACAUUUUGGUUUAUAUGCUGCUGCAUGUGGAUGUCAAGUUUAUAUGUUUGAAGUUGAUCCAAUUAAAAUUUCAUUACUACAAAAAUCAAUUAGAUUAAAUUCAUUUCAAUCACGUGUUACUUUAAUUUCGAAAGCUGUCAGUGAUUUACCACCAAAAACUAAAAUUUAUAUGAGUUACAAUAGUAGUAGUCAAGUAUCUGAUAAAGAAGCUCAUGAUCGUUCAGAUGUAUAUACUGUAGAAACAACAAAUUUUCAUGAAUUUAAUUUUUCUACAGAUAUUUAUUUAUUUCGUGUUGAUGUUGAAGGUUAUGAAAUACAUGUAUUUCGUGCAAGUGAAAAAUUAUUUCGUAAAAAUCUAGUACAUCAUGUUUUAUUUCAAUAUACACCAUCAGGAACAGAUCGAGUUUUACAAAAUGAUCUUCUUUCUUAUAUGAGAGAUAUUCUUGGUGGACGAAGAUUUUAUGCAUUACAUCCAAAACAAGCUAUUUUAUAUGGUCCGAUAUAUAAUGAAGAUAUUGAUCAAUUUUAUACUCAACAUCAUUCAUUAGAUUUAGAAAGAGAUGUUUAUGUAUUAUUUCAAGAUGAAGAAUUAACUAUUGAUUCUAAACCUUAUGAAUUUCAAUCAUCUUUUGAUUAG